AUGCGCGAAUUACGAACACGAACUGCCAAGGUCAUUGAAAAGGCUUCUACCAAGAAAGGUUCUAAUGGCAAAUCCUCCAAACGCAUUACACAAACCAUUACUGCAAAGGACGACGAUGUCACGACAUUCAAGGAGUUCCCCACAUCAAAAGAAGAACGUGCUACGUUUAUCAAUGUCAAAACCAAACGGAUCAUUACCCCUUUCCAAUACCAAGUCUAUGAUCUCUGUGCCCAGAUCCCUUGCGGUCAACUCUCCACUUACAAAGCCAUUAGUGAUGCCCUAAAAUCACACCCACGAGCAGUAGGUCAAGCGCUUCGUUUGAAUCCCUUUUGCCCAUUACCUGUUCCCUGUCAUCGAGUGAUCGCUUCGGAUUUGGCUAUUGGUGGAUUCAGUGGUGGAUGGGGUGAUUGUCAAUUCGUGGCAGACAAGAAAGCAAAAUUGGCCAAGGAAGGAUGUGUCUUUGACGAAUACUAUCAAUUCCAAUCAAACGCGGAUGGUAAAAAGGAGAUCUUUACCGACUUCCAAGUCUAA